GGCCUUCGACAAGCCAACCCAGCACGACACUCACCCAACAUCACUAGACAUGCGGAGAAUAGAGGCAUUGGUGCUCCUCAGCACCCUCUCGACCUCCAUCCUCGCCGCAGAGUCGUCUCGACCCCGCGGUGUCGGUCCAGAAUUUGCGAAGUUCUAUAAAGCUGCGGAUAGCUUUACUUGCAUUUCAAAUCCAUCAAUUAAGCUUGAUAUUUCGAAAGUGAACGACGAUUACUGCGAUUGUCCAGAUGGCUCGGACGAGCCUGGCACAGCUGCUUGCACAUAUCUUUCUGCUCUCUCACCGCCCCAACCCAUUGUCGGGGCACCGAAUACCACGCUCGCUCUCCCUGGCUUUUAUUGCAAGAAUAAGGGACACAUCCCAAGCUAUAUAUCCCAUACAUAUGUGAAUGAUGGAGUUUGCGACUAUGAUGUUUGCUGUGAUGGCAGUGAUGAGUGGGCUGGUGUUGGAGGUGUGAAGUGCGAAGAUAAGUGCAAAGAGAUUGGGAAGGAGUGGAGGAGGCUGGAUGAGAUUAGACAAAAGAGUGCGAGGAACGCGUUGAAGAAGAAGACCGAACUUGUCAACGAGGCGCAGGCGCUCAGGGCGGGGGUCGAGCUCCGUAUCAGCAGCCUCCAUGUUGAGAUCAAGGACCAAGGGAAGAAGGUGGAGGAGCUGAAGAAGAAAUUCGAGGAGGUUGAGAGGAGUGAGAGGGGGAAGGUAGUGAAGAGCGCGGGCAAGGGAAGCAAGGUCACCGUGCUUGCAGGGCUGGCGAAGCAGAGAGUGGAAGAACUUCGGGAUGCCUUGGUUGGUCUUGUCAACAAGCGGGACGAAUUGAGGAGGAAGGUCAAAGAAUUGGAGACUAUUCUGUCAACCUUCAAGGAGGAAUAUAAUCCCAAUUUCAAUGAUGAGGGUGUGAAGAGAGCUGUCAAGUCUUGGGAAGACUAUGCUGCCAAGAAGGAUGCUUCCCCCGAGUCAGACGAAUCUGCUGAGGAUCGAGACAUUGAAUCGAUCUCUAAGGCAGAUUCCGAGACCGAAGGAAUCAACUGGGCGGAAUGGGAGAUUGAGGAGGAGUCAGAUAUUGAAGCUCUUUACAAGUUCGAAGAAUAUCUUCCUGCUUCAGUUCGCGCCUGGGUCCAUCAAAAACUCACUGACCUGCGUAUCUUACUCAUCGAGAACGGCAUCCUCGCUGAUAAUGCGAGUUCGGGCAGCGAGUCCAAGGCCGUCAGCGCUGCCCGAACCGCUUACCAAAAUCUCAACGACGACCUCGGAAUCAAGGAAAGCUCUGUCGGCGACCUCACCAAGGAUCUUGAGAAAGACUACGGCCCAAAUGACAUCUUCCGUGCCCUCAAGGGCACCUGCAUUUCCAAGGAUUCUGGGGAAUACGAAUAUGAACUGUGCUGGCUUGACAAGACAAGCCAAAAGAGCAAGAAAGGCGGCGGAACCACAGGCAUGGGCAAUUUCGUUCGAUUCGACAAGAUGUAUUUUGAUGAGGAGGUUGAUGCUGAAGGGAAGGGGCUGGGAACUGGUGAGCGGACGGUGCUCAUGUACGAAAAUGGACAGCAUUGCUGGAAUGGACCGAAUAGACAAACUACGGUUGUUUUGGCGUGUGCUGAGAAGGAUGAGAUCUGGAAGGUGGUCGAACAGGAAAAGUGUAUGUAUAGGAUGGAUGUGGGGACUCCGGCUGUUUGUGAGAUUGGGCAAAAGAAGGCAGAUCCCAAGAAGGAUGAGCUGUAGAUGUAAGUGUGGAAUGGAUUAAGUUGAGUUGGCGUAUGUAGUGUUCUGUAUAAAAGCAUAAAAAUGACAAAAC